CUAGUUGCAUUACUUGAAGGGUUCUUGAUAAGGCCAUGAUAAGACUAAGGAAUACAUGUUCUACAAUCCCAAUAAUCGACAUUGUGUUUCCUGUAACUGACAGGUACCUUACACGGUGUGUACACUAAUAUCCUAUCGAACAUUGAACUUAUCGGCAUGCUGAGGUCAGUCUUACUUAUGACCCUGUGUGCGGUCGUCAUGGCCAUGCCAAGAGACAAUGGCAGGGCACUACGAGGAGAGAAUGAUCCUAUCCCAACAGAGGACGCAGGUCUCCUUCACCAAGUAGGGGAUUUCUUCAAAGGAAAGAAAUCACUGCAUCCAGGAAUGGCACUAAGAGGGGAGAAUGACCCUUACCCAACAGCGGACGCAGGUUUACUUCACCAAGUAGGCGAUUUCUUUAAAGGAAAGAAAGCACUUCAUCCAGGAAUGGCUCUGCGAGGGGAGAAUGACCCUUACCCAACAGAGGACGCUGGUCUCCUUCAUCAAGUAGGCGAUUUCUUUAAAGGAAAGAAAUCUCUGCAUCAAGGCAUGGUACUACGAGGAGAGAAUGACCCUUAUCCAACAGCUGACGCAAGUCUCCUUCACCAAGUAGGCGAUUUCUUCAAAGGAAAGAAGUCGCUAUAUCAAGAGCCCCCAUUGACUGACGUCCAAGCAGGACACAUGCUCCACACCAUCGGUAACAUCAUGGAACACCAUCUAGCGACCCCACAAUUAAUGAGCGACGUUCUUCAUCAGAUGGGAGACUAUUUCAAAGGAAGGAGGUCACUCUAAACUCAUACCCGUCAUAUUGUUGUUGAGAAUCAUAUUAAAUAUGGUAAUACAUAUUAUAACGAUAUACUUUGUUAGUGUGAUAUAUUACAUGCUACAAUGUAUAUAAGUCUCCUUUUCUCUGAAAUAAAGACGGGAUGUUUUAUUCUUCAGCAUCAAUAAGCGUUUUC